AGUUAUAUAGCAAAACUCGCAUGUAAUGGCCGACUUCGCGAUUCACUUAUCACAUCCCUAACUUCAUGAUUGUUGUGUGCGGCAUUUGUUUGCGCUGAAGUUCGUCUCUAAUGAGUUUUGUUAUUGCAUUUAUUACAAGAAGGUGCUGUUUAAUUUAGUGUAACAUAAUUGGUUACAAAUAAGUAGACGUUCUUUGAAAAACUCACCUCCUCGGACGAAACAAUAUGACAUUGUUCAGUAUCCAGACGCGUUUAGACCAUUUCACUCAUUUUUGUAAUUCAUCAUCAGGUUAGGUUCUCAUCGGAAAGCCGGUUCCGUUUUCGAAUUAAGAUUAGAAUAGGCGAACGUAACAAAAUCAAAUUAGGUUAAUAAUAAAAUAUAGGGUCAAGUUAAAGUCACCGAAGACCCUUUACGAGGUCAGCGUGAAAAUCAAAAAGAUAAUGGGAUCGUUGAACCUUGUUUGCCCGAUGUGCUGUGGCGAAACGUUUAACAAUCCACAGUCGUUAAAGUACCAUUUAUUAAGCAUGACGGACAACCUAUACUGUCCUGGUUGUUCGCAGCGAUCCGACUCGGUAAUGGCACUCAUUCAGCAUUUGGAUCGGUGUGGACAGAGUGUUGAAUCGGAUGAUGUACCAUCUGAGCCCAAGCAUGAACCUGAACAAGAGGCUCAACAGGAGUCUGAACCAGACACAGAGGUGCUAAUGGAUGCAAAUGUUGAGGGGAUAGAUCAAAGCUUCCUAGCAACUGUAAAUGACAGUGGAAUCAUGAUAGUUGGAGGGCCUCAAACUAUACAAGUUGACGAAAAUGGAGAUAUCAAAGUCGUAGAAAAGAUGGAGACUGAAGAGGCAGAGAUGGAGCAAAAUCCUUUGGAAUUUAAAAUGACAGAAAAAGUUCCUAUUAGCAAAGCAGAAGAAAAACCUUUGUCCCAAAACCAACUAGUUACAAUUUCCACUUCAAAAACAGAUGAUAAAUGCAGCAAUAAAAAUGUAAUUACUAUUUUACCUGAUGGCUCUGAACUGCUUGGUGGUGACACCGAUGCUCUGAUAAAUAUGGAUCACAUAAAUGAUGUAGGUGAAUUAGACGAAGAUGGGCUUUUACAUGUGAAGCAAGAACUUUGCGAGAUAGAACCGGAAGCAGUUUACAGUUGCACUAGUUGUGACAUGAGUUUCAAUUCUGUUGUGGAACAUAUAAAACAGUUUCACGACGGACAAGAAGUAUUACUUGAAAUAGCUGAUCAGUUAGAUGAUAUACCAGCUGUACCUGCAGCUAGUACCUUACCUUCAGAAUCAGGAGGAAGCAUGGUUAAUACUCGCCAGAGACAGAGUAUGAAUACACUUCGUACAGAAGAAUGCGUAGACAGUGAAGGAAGAUUGUAUACAAGGAAAGUAGUACAAAUAGAAAGGUUCUGGGAUAGAAGUCCGGCUCAAACAUCGCUUCAAUCGGCCAAGGCACCAAUGAUUGAAAAAUUUUUUUCCAAUGUGGAAGGAGUAAAGGUACGUGAAAAGAGAUUGGAAGCAACUCCAGUGAGAAUGUAUAGAUGUAAUCAGUGCCUUCAGCAGUUCUCGAAAUUAGGAAAUUUUCGAGUACACGCGUGUCUCCAUGGCAAUAAUCGUUGCGACAGUUGUGAUCAAACAUUUGCAACACCCAAAGCGUUGCAACUACACGCGAAGGUACACGAGGGUGAACCUGAUCCAAAUCAAAAAACUUUCAUAUGUGAAACCUGUGGUACGGAGUUUUGUUCGCAUAAAAGUUUGCGUUUGCAUUCUCGAAUGCACGCUCCGGUGAGAGCAAGACACGUUGACGCACCUGAAGGGACGCCUAGUGGAACAUUUACAUGCCCCGAGUGUGGUAAAACAUUAGCGGAAUCGUAUAAAGAGGCGCAUAUGGCAUUGCACUCCGGUGAUUCUGUAACUUGCACAGUUUGCAAUAGAAAAUUUGAUUCUGCUGAUAGUUUAGCAAUGCAUGCUGCGGUACACACGGAACUUAGCCAACCUCAUUCGCCAACACCACCUGCCAUGGACACUGCAGGUAGUGAACCUUCAGAAAAUCAGAAACCGUAUCAAUGCCAGCAUUGUGGUCGAAGAUUUACAAGACCUCACGAGAAAGUAAAACAUGAACGUAUUCAUACAGGGGAGAAACCGCAUGCCUGCGAGGUUUGCGGUAAAACUUUCCGUGUAUCUUACUGUUUGACGUUACACAUGAGAACCCACACCGGCGUCAGACCGUACGGAUGUCAACAUUGCGGCAAAAGAUUUAAAGCUUCUUCGGUGUAUAAUCAUCACUUACUUACGCAUGGAGAAGAACGCGCGUACACGUGCCCGUAUUGCCCGAAAACAUUUAAAACACGCGUUCAACUUGCGGGACACAAGAACAGCCACACUAAACCAUUUCGUUGCACCGAAUGUUCCCGGCCAUUUGCUUCAUUAUAUGCUGCGCGUGCUCAUAUACAAACGCAUAAAAAGGACAACAAUUUAAAGUUCAGUUGUUAUAUAUGCGGUGCAUCAUAUGGUAGAGCGUUCGCAUUAAAAGAUCAUUUGAAACAACAUGGUCAGGAUGUGCUAGCUCCACCUGAGCCAGCGAGGGAAGAGGAAAUUCCAGAAGGAGAAGAGUUUUUACUAGCUGAAGAAGAAGUUGAAGAUGACGAGUUGGUUAUACCAUCGCCUUUACCCGUUGCACAAUCCUCAGAAGCUGACGACACGGAAUGAGACUAUAAAAGCUAGUCAAAUGUUUGUUAUAAAUUAUACUUCAAUAUUGUUCACCCCGACGGGAAAAAAAAGAUAACGGAUAGGCUUCUAUUUUAUGUAGUGUUCAAAGACUAUCUGCAAAAGUUUCUAUUCAUGCAUUGAAUAGUAAGAAAUUUUAGUUUUUACGGACAAAUAAUAUUCUGAUAAGAACUGCUGCUGUGACUAGAAAUGAUAGUAUUUGUUUGUAAAUAACUUAUUAUAAAUUUUGUAUGUCCUCAUCGGUAAUGUGUGGAUAGGUAAUAUUACGUACGAAUAGCAAUUGUAUUAUGAUAGACUGGUUUUACCGUGUUUGUUUAAUAUAUUGAAGUAAACAGUCUAUAUUAUUUAAUUCAUCAACUAUUUUAACAAUUGAGUUUCUGUUGUUGAUCACAACUAUGUUGUAAUUUUUCAUCAUUCGACCCUUCCUAAUGUCUUAUUUCUCAGUUUUUAUUUAUUUAAUGAUACCAUAAAGAAAUGAGUGAAAACGGAUUUCAAGAUAUUUUAUUUCACCGAUAAAAAAGCACAAAUCUAACGAAAAAGAAAAAUUACUUUUAAUAUUAAGUUCUAAUAAUGUUAUAACUUAUAAUAAAACAAUGUAGAUUGAUUGGUAUAAGCUGGUUUGUAAACAAAAUCGAUAAUUUUAGUUAUUUUUAUCGGUUUAAGAAAUUAAUAUUUGUUGCUAUUAAUAUUGAAAUAGAACUAUUUGCAAAUUUAAACUUAAAA